AUGCAUACACUAACAUCAGACCCGUCAGCAGAAGAUUGCAGCAGCAGCAACUUUCAGGAACCCACCCGACGCCCGCGACCCGUACCUCCACCGGUCCCGUCAUCGCCGCCGUCGUCGUCGCUCGCUGCUUCAUCACACCUAACACCCCACAACCAGCCGCAUUCGCGACGUCAGCAGUCGAACGUGGUACUUCCCGUGGUGCGGAAAACGCAUCAACACUUGCGCACCACCGGAUCUACGGCUCACGCGAAGCUGCAACGUCGUGGCCCAGGACCAUCAGCAACAGUAGGCAGUGCGUCGGUAUCCACUGGUUCCCAAGGCGAUGACAACGCGGACCCAUCCAAGACAGCACCGUUAGUGUCGAUUCCGGCAUCCGGUGAUUGCAGCAAAGUGCCAGAAAAUGGUAACGUGGCAGAAGGCGUCGGUGAACAGCAAGCAAGUGAUAACAGACAGUUGAGUAGUGUUUCGGACGAAAAGACUCGCCGGUACAACCGCAUUACGAUGAUCAUCAUAUAUGGGCGCGAGGCGCUUUGCAUACUGGCGCUAAUCCUCACCACGUAUGCCACGAUCCAAAACAGCCCUCCCAAGGUGUCGAAGGCUCCACCACCGGUGCCGUUCUUUUCGGAGGACUCACUUGUGUACGAUUGGCCCACGGGUGCGCUGGGAGCGACGCAGACACGUGUUUCCGUGUCAGAACUGUCCUUCGUGCUGUAUUACGCGCCUUGGUGUGCGGAAAGCCGGUUUGCGCGUCAUGCGUACGAUCAGGUUGCCGGACUGUUUUUCCGUGAGGCACACUUUGCUGCCAUCAACUGCUGGCAGCCAGGCGGCGAGUGUCGCCAACGGUACACGAAGGUGCAAUCCUGGCCCGUCCUGAUGGCGUACCAACCGAGUGGAUUGGCCGUGCAGUACCACCAAACAUGGACCACGGCUGCACUUUCCCGAUUUGUGCAAUCAUUAAUGCUACCGUUACAUCGCUUCUCCAGUCCGGGCGAUCUGAUGGAUCACAUGACGGGCAAGGACGCCGUAGUUGUCGCAUUUCUAGACGUAAUGCAUGAGAGCAAACUUUAUCAGCGGUACUAUCAGGCAUCACUGAAAUGGCUCGAAAAGGACCCAUUCCAGGAGGUAUCGUUUGGCAUCGUUACCGGCCAGUCUUCCAAUAUGUUUGGCGUUGAAACGGUUCCAUCCAUUAGGCUGUACCUUUGGAAUGAAACUAUUGAAUACGUGGGUAACACCUCGUGGUCGCCGCACGAACUGAUCUCGUGGAUCUAUAAGCAGCUGCACGUGGUUUCAAUGUGGAUUGCGCCACCGGGCAAUGUGAAAUCGAAAACCAUCGAUCCGUUCUUUCAGCAGGGCCCGGUGUUGAUGCUUUUCACGCCCCGACCACUGUACGACGAUGGAUCGGACGCGUAUAUGAUGCUGCGGCAGCUCAGCAUGCAGUACUACAACUGUCCCGGUGAUGCGUGGAUACUGGAAAUGGCCCGAGAGUACAUCGCCGAACAGCGGCUUGUGAAUGCCGCACAGUACGUUGAGAAGCGGAAACGGUGUGUCCAGAUAUUGGGAGGUCAUUCUUCGCAGGAGGAGGAUGAUUCGACUGAAGGACGCCGAUACGGUCGUCACGGGUGCAAGGAUGACUUCAAGUCGACCGUGUCGGUGUCAUUUGUGAAUGUGCUCAAUUCCUCUAAAUUCGUCGACGGUAAACCGGUCGGUGGAAAGCCUUCCUCAGAGGAGUACUGUGACAUUGCUCCGGCUAUGGGUUGUGGUAAGCGAGAAUGUGGCACUAUCGGACCAGGCGUUCGACGCUCCUCGCACCUAAUGUGGCAAUCGGAAGCGUGUGUUUCGUCGCAAAGUGACAACGGUCCUGAAGCUAGUUACGAACCUGCCCGCCCAAAGACAUCGAUGUUGGACUGGGAAUAUGAUUACCGAGGGCCGAAAAUGCUCACAAAGAUUUUCCAACAUCGGCAGUGUGAGCUGAUGUUGCUGGCGGAGGCGCAAAAGACGAAUGUAUUCUUCAUCGAGCCUCCGCGCCAGGACCCACCAGCAUUAGACUAUUACGCGAUGAUCGGUGGGGUGUCCUGCAAGCAUAAUAAAACGCUUACCUUCCUUAGUAUGGACAGCAACACGUAUCACGCGUUUAGCGAGCGGCUCGGAGUGGACGUGCUGAACGAACCAAACCGCACGGUAGCCUUUAUCAUCGAUCACGCGGACGAGUCUGCGUACGUUUUACGCGAUAAUAUUAAUUUACACACGUUGGCCAAAUUCGUACAUGAUUACUAUAACCGCUCGUUGCAACGAUACCUGCGAUCCGGAGACAUCCCGUACGAGCACACACACUCGUUCGAUGCGGAAGAGUUAAAACGACAGGAUCAGAAGAACCUCGUGAAGCACCGUGAACUCGUAGAAGCGGCCGAGGCAAAGGCAAAAGCGGAGGAAUUGAAGAAACGUAAACAGCAAACUGCAACCGCCACCAGUGACCUGCCCAAAACAGUCUCCCCCGUGCCGGAACAAGCUAGCGUCCAAGAAAAGCCAACUCCUGUUCGUGCUCCUCGUGUGUACCACGCAGUGAAGGAGAUUUAUUCCUCCAAUUUUGAGCGUACGGUGCUCGAAUCAAAUCGCACCGUGGUGGUCAGUUUCUACUCGGCCCAGUGUGCCUUCUGCUAUUUGCUGUCGCACCAUAUGCUCACCGUAUCACACAUGUUGCGCCAUCAGCCGGGACUGUGGUUCGUUCGCAUUGACGGUGAGCUCAACGAUCUCCCUUGGCAGUACACGAUGGACGUGUUUCCAUCGUUGAUCAUUUUCCCGAACGGACGGAAAUCGGAGAGUCGCAUCUUCCCGCAGACGUCCAAGAUUAAUGUACCCAACUUGAUAUGGUUCAUUUUGUCGAAUCUAAGCCCAGCAGAGCGGUUACAUGCUAACUUUUUGCUGUGCUCCGAUGUGAACGCGGCAUCACGGGACAAUUGUUUGCUGAUGUUGAAGCGUGAACUGAGCAGCAGCAUCCAGCUGAGUUUGCUCGAGUGGCGUCAGCAAAAAUCGGACACGUACGAACGCCGCGACCGAAUUGUGCGGCGCCUGCAGCUACUAAAGCAAUCGUAUCUGGACACACUGCGCUGUCUUAGUCAUUCCUGUGAUCUUACUGAACUGGUGAAUGCCAGGAAACGCAUCCUGGAGUUGUGGAUGGGAUCGCACCGUCACCGGGUAGGGCUGUGAUCGACGGGUUCUGCUGUGAGGCAACCACACACGGGAUAUCACUGGCUUGGUGCGGUAGCGUUCACUAUGCGGCGAGAAUAAGGCUGAUCGAGAAGUCGUUUCGCCUUCAUCGUUCGUUGUUAAUUCCAUUCAGUUUCAGUUCAUUCUAACGCAUGCAAACGCUCGCAGCACUACGGAUAUAAAAGGGUCAGAAUAGACAUCUCCUUUAUCCUAAUUAUAUUACCCCCAUCCCUACGGUUUCUUUCCAUAUACAGUCAAUAUUUACCUGUUACCUGAGCUAUUAGUCUUUACGAAACUGCGUUUGGGAACGUUUUCUCCACUACUAACACAAUUUGCCCUGGAUCCUAUCCACUAAAUUAUUCGCUUGCGCAGUAUGAAGGUCGAUGUUUCCCUUCAAAUUUCGCAUGUUGCGCGUUCCUUCUUACUUUUUGCCUUUUCAUCGGAAAACUUCCGCAAUUGAAAAUGAUAUUAUAAUGGGCGUGUAGGCUAGGAGGGAAUUUGACGCGUGACGAUACAUUUCUUCGUCGCGUGCAUUACACUGUAUAUAGUGCUGAUAUAAACAAUGAAAUCGUCGUAGAAUGUGCACCUUCACGAUACGGCCACGGUUGGCCGACUAACUGAUGCAAAUGUGUAGACGAAAUUAAGCUAACAAAACCGGAUACCAGGUAUCCAAAACGAUAGCCGAAUAAAGAACCAAGCGGUCUUAUGAAAAGUAAGAAUCAU